AUGUCGGACGCGGUGAUUAGUUUCCUUAAGGACUUUUUGGCUGGUGGUGUUGCCGCUGCCAUCUCCAAAACAGCUGUCGCUCCCAUUGAGAGAGUCAAGUUGUUGCUGCAGGUCCAGCAUGCCAGCAAACAAAUCACUGCGGCGACCCAGUACAAGGGAAUAAUUGACUGUGUGGUAAGGAUCCCGAAGGAACAGGGCUUUAUUUCCUUCUGGAGAGGCAACCUGGCCAACGUGAUCCGUUACUUCCCCACCCAAGCCCUCAACUUCGCCUUCAAAGACAAGUACAAGAAGAUCUUCCUCGGUGGUGUGGAUCAAAAAACACAAUUCUGGCGUUACUUCGCUGGUAAUCUAGCAUCUGGCGGUGCCGCUGGGGCGACUUCGCUCUGCUUCGUCUAUCCUCUUGACUUCGCCAGAACAAGACUCGCUGCCGACAUCGGCAAGGGCGCGUCGGAGAGAGAGUUCAGCGGUCUUGGAAACUGCCUCACCAAGAUCUAUAAAACCGAUGGCCUCAGGGGUCUUUACCUCGGAUUCAAUGUAUCAGUGCAGGGUAUUAUCAUCUACAGAGCGGCCUACUUUGGAUGCUUCGAUACAGCUAAAGGUAUGCUGCCAGAUCCCAAGAACACGCACAUCGUCGUGAGCUGGAUGAUCGCGCAGACUGUCACCGCUGCAGCUGGUAUUGUCUCAUACCCCUUCGAUACAGUCAGACGUCGUAUGAUGAUGCAGUCUGGACGCAAAGGAGCUGACAUCAUGUACAAGGGCACGAUCGACUGCUGGAGGAAGAUCCUGAAGGACGAGGGAGGAAAAGCCUUCUUCAAGGGUGCCUGGUCCAACGUGAUCAGAGGAAUGGGUGGUGCCUUCGUGUUGGUGCUGUACGACGAGAUCAAGAAGUUCACAAAAUAAACGUUCUAAUCUCCCAGUCCCCAAGGAAACCCUUCACUUUAUAUAAGUCUUAAUUGUUGUGAUAAGGGUGAUACCAGCUUGUGAUGAAUUACAAUGUGGGCAUGUAGUCUUCUGCAAGCCCGGGAAGGUAUACUUGGCCUGGGUUAACAUGCCUCCUAAGAAAUCUGUAUAUAUCCCAAAAAGGCACAGUCUUUCAGUGUUACAAAGUCAAGCCGGUGGUUCAGGUAUAAAUGUGAUGGUGCAAAGAAUGACGUCACAUGCCCCUCAUGUUAGAGUCAGUUUGUAAAGCGGUUGCUGAGGCCCAUGUGUUGGUAUGUUGUGACCACUCUGACCCAUGUAUCCCACCUCGCACAUUAUUUUAUUAAGAAUAAAGAUUUGUUAGUCUAAAA